UCUCAGUCUCUCUCACUCUCUCCCUUUGACUCACAAACCCUCACCUUCAACCCACCCCUCUCUACCACCGAUCCUCCUCCACUCUCAGUUUCACUCUACCGAGUCUCCACAUCCCUCACUUGUGCGCUAAAAGUCCAUUCAAAGACCUUAACUUUCCUUCAUUCCAAACAAGGUUAGGGUUCUCCACUCUCUAGAUCACGCAAAUGUACUCAAAUUUUGUUCCUGAUAUGCAGAAAUUGGGUGAUUUUAAGCUACCUCACUUCUUCAAUUACCCUCCAUACUUCAUCUUGCAGCCUGUAAGGGACACCCGUGAGAAGCAGGUACAAUGUUGGAAGGAUCUUAUUCUUGACUACUGUAGAACACAAAAGAUAUUUGUGAUUGGACUGGAAGAAGAUUUUUUGCUAUUUUCAAAUUCUGCGAUUGAAACAGCCUUUUUUUGGCAUGUUUGGAUAUGGAGGACCUAUUGCAUCUAUGCAUCUGGGGAGAAUUCAACUGAGAUGGACUUUUUCUCCGAAUAUGGUGACGCCAACAAAUACAAAAUUCAGGAAGUUAUUGGAAAAGGAAGUUAUGGCGUUGUUUGCUCAGCAAUUGACACUUGCGCUGGUGAAAAAAUGGCAAUAAAGAAAAUACAUGAUAUAUUUGAACACAUAUCUGAUGCUGCGCGUAUUCUUCAUGAGAUAAAGCUGCUCAGACUUCUACAACAUCCUGGUAUUGUUGAAAUUAUACACAUUAUGCUUCCACCCUCUAGAAGGGACUUUAAAGAUAUUUAUGUUGUUUUUGAGCUCAUGGAAUCAGAUCUUCAUCAAGUCAUCAAAGCCAAUGAUGACCUGACACGAGAACACUAUCAGUUUUUCCUAUACCAACUACUUCGUGCCUUGAAGUAUAUUCACACUGGGAAGGUGAAUGGGGUGAUCAUGUCACAUUGCAGGCUGCCGCAGAUUGGUUUGGUGUCAAGAUAUUUUUGAUUACUUCCUUUAAGGAUACUUGUUACACUGAGAUUCUUCCCCACAUUCAAAAGUCCAAAAGAGUUCUUAUGUUAAGCAUUUGGGCAGAGACCCAUUACAAUUCAAUUAAUCCAGAAGCAGCUCAAUUGAAGAAAAAGACCAACAAGCCCAAGAGACCUUCUAUUCAGUAAUUAUUUGGUACACUCUUCUUCAACUAGAAUUGCCUGACUUAAUAUGUUUAUUUCAAUAUGUAUCUGCACUCUCAUAACUCUUAUUUCCAUGUUUUUCCCCCAUAACUCUUAAUCUGUUUUGAGUUCUGAUUUAGCAAGAAAUUGUGAUUUUGGGCACAAAGUUGUGAUUUAGCAAAAGAAAAAAAAAACCUAUAGACAAAACAAAUGUAGGAGGCUUUACUAUAGCCGCAUUUUUUAAAAACGCGGCUAUAAGUCUCAGCCUAUAGCCGUCUUUUAGAAAACGCAGCUAUAGGUGUGAGCCUACAGCCGCGUUUCAAACGCAGCCCAAAGCGGGUCUAUAGCCAUGUUUUUACAAUUUUGCCACCCUUACGUCUCUCUCUACUACUAAGUGUCACGUGGCUGUUUUUUUUUUUUUUUUUCCCUUCUUCUCUCCCUCUCUACAGCAGAAAGGGUAUUUCAUGAUUUUGCUGUUUGCUCUUUUUCUUUUGAGCUCCAAUUCACUACAACUUUGGUUUGAAGUUUGAACAACAGAUUCUCUGCCCGGCUGUUGUUAAGCUUUUAGGAUCAAGAAAUAAAGCUGAAUUUGUUAAGAAGACCAAACACUACCCAUUAAAAAUUCAUAAAAAUGAGAUAGCUCUUAUUCUUAAUUAAAAUGUUAACGGACUUAAACCAUACAAAAGAAAGACCAAGAAAAAAAAAUAAUAAAAACAAAGCUAGAACUCCUAAUAAGUUAGUUUGAGUCAUCACGAGAUAGUGAAGAAAAUCAAACAACACAGAUCUAUAUUAAAUUAUGAAAGAAAACAAGAUUAAUUUUAUAGCAAAUUUUAAUGGUCUGGCAAUGCAAAUGGAAGGAGAUUAUCUGCAAAAGCAAAUUAAGGACAAACAAAUUUUACAGAACAAAAACCUCAUUAAAUAUCAGGCUGAUGAGCAACUGAUUGUUUCAAUAAGAAUAAAAAUGACAAAGUUUAGCUACAAAAUUGUUUAUAGUAUAAGAUUACAACCUUACUCAAUAAAAUAAACAUUAUUACAUAUUUUGAAAAUUUAACUGUUGGGUUGCAUAUUGUUUAUACUCUUAAUACAAAUGCCAACUUUAGUGCCAAUCGAAUGUUAUUUAUUAUAUGAUCUAUAACCUUAUAUUUUAUACAUAAUUUUAAAUUACAAAAACUUGCAAUUUAAACAAUUUAUUGAUAAUAUAGCUAUUAAUCUUUAAUUUUCUAGAAAUUUUACAAGUAUGAAGGAUAUAAGAAUAAGAGGUAAUCUAAUGGUAGAUUUAUCAAAAUUUAUAUCUAAUAAAAAGAUAUUAAGUAAGAUUGUAACCUUAGGCUACAACCAAUUUUAUAACUAAAUUUUGUCCAAAUAAAAAUUAUAUUUAGGCCUCUCGUUAAUUUUACAACGCAAUUAAUCAACUUAUUAAACUAACUAGUUAUGUAAUAAUUUUUUAGAAUCAAUAUAAUAUUAAUUUUCCUAUUAGGUAGUAGUUGAGAUUUACUAUAAAUAACUGCUACGAGAUCCAUAUUCCAUAGACUCCAUA